CUCCCUCGGGGUCUCGCGGACUCCGCCCUCUAGCGGAAACGUCUCCCUCCUUACCCCGCCCCCGCGCAGACGUAGUGCCGCGCCCUCAGCUGCGGGACAAAGAGUGACGUCCGUAGCGGAGUUAUGGCGGCCACCGAGCUGAACUUGGCGGCGACCGGGAGUCUCGCGCUGCCGUUGGGGAAAGAAGAAGGGGCCGGCCCGAGCUCAGGCCCGGAGCGUGACUCUGCGGACUCCUUCUCGACUCCUGAGGCCCCACCGCCUGCCCCCAAGCCCUCCAGCCCCAAGGCCGAGGUCGCCGAAGAGAAUCCUACGCCUCACUCGGCCGCCUCCGCCUCCCUGGAGCUGCCCCUCCGGCCCGCAGCCCUGGGCUCCGCGUCGUUUGCCGAAGCAGCUCCGCGCUCACCCCCAGGCCCUGGCGGUUCCCGGCCCGGCCCAGAGACGUUCCGCCAGCGAUUCCGGCAGUUCCGCUACCAAGACGCUGCAGGCCCGCGGGAAGCGUUCCGGCAGCUGCGGGAGCUUUCCCGCCAGUGGCUGCGGCCCGACAUCCGCACGAAGGAGCAGAUCGUGGAGAUGCUGGUGCAAGAGCAGCUGCUCGCCAUCCUGCCCGAGGCGGCGCGGGCCCGGCGGCUUCGCCGCCGCACAGACGUACGCAUCACAGGCUGAGCAGCCGGGCUGCCGGCGGCCCGGCUCUCCAUUCUGCGUUAAUGAAAAACGAGUUUUGGCUGUUCCUGCAGUCUCGAGUGUUCUUUUCGGUCGUCCUUUGCCAUGUUUAUUUCCCCGAGCCUAUUUCCAACCUUUCUGACUGGUGGCGAAAUCAAGUUGGGAGCUCAUGAGAAUAAAGCCUUUCUUAUUCACUUGA